AUGGCUGACGCCAAGGAGAAGCUGAAAGCAAUAUACAGGUGCCAGCCAGGUGGACUCUGGGUCUUCUUCAGCCUCCUCAUCCUCUUCUUGGUCAUGCUUCAGGUUGCAGAGAAGCUGCAGCCUGCCAGGAGGGGAAGUUCUUGCACCCAAGGCAACCUCCCAGGGCAGUGCUCGAGUCCUACACCCACCAGCAAGAACACCCACCCCAAGAGAGCUGGGGGAACAGGGUUUGGGCUGCCUGCAGGGGGGUUCAGUGGGCUGCAGAGGAGCUGCCCUCUUUCCAUCCUCUGCAUCUCAGAUUUGUACCCUCUCUGUUACAGAAGCUGCCAGUGUGAGCUGGAGCGUGCCCUGCAGCAGACCACAGACCAUGGCCAGAAGCAGCUGAGGGAUGCCCUCCAGACCCCUGACCUGCUGUGGGAGGAUGGCUCCCUGUCCUGGCAGAGAAAACCCGUGCCCGACACCACCUUGAGUGAGGGCACACAAGACAUUCUUCAGUCUCAACCAUACCUCAGCCAGGAGACCCCACUGGAAACCAGCCCAGGCAGCCAAGACGAGCACUGGACCUUGCCGCCUGUGGAGAGCAGCAAGAAGGUGAAAGCUCAGCUGUCACCCACGAGGCUGAAAUCCCAGCUUCCUGGCCUGAGAAAAGCAACCAGAGAGGGCCCUUCUCCAGGUCUUCCCGGGGGAACCUCCACAGUGUUGGGAGAUGCUGGUGCUGUCAUCAGCAAGUUCAUAACCUUUGCAAACAGGAUGACCACAGAGGAGCACCAGAGACUGUCACCACCACCAGUGACACAGGUGGUGGUACAGAGCAAGCCUCAGCCUCAAGCCAUAGAUUCCCCCCAAGACCAGUGGGGCAGCUCACUUAAAUACACCAUGCCAAAUCCUGCUCAGGCUCCACAGGCAGAGGACUUCCACAAGACACACACGGAGAGGGGAUUAUUCCCAAGCCAGACAAAAGUCCCUAAGGUUGAGGAGGUGACACCUGGAGACCAGCAGGGCAGAGGAGUCUCCUCUCAAGGGCAGAGAUGUCAGCCCAAGACUGACAUUGUUUUCCUGAAGGUCCACAAGAGUGCCAGCAGCACCGUCAUGAACAUCCUCUUCCGCUUCGGCGAGACGCACAACCUCACCUUUGCUUUCCCCAACGGAGGGGGUAACCAGCUCUUCUACCCACGCCACUUCUUGGCCAGCUUCGUGCAGGGCUUCUCCCCCUGGAACCCUCAGCGGUUCAACAUCCUCUGCCACCACAUGCGGUUCCUGCAGCCAGAGGUGCAGAAAGUGGUGUCCAGCUCCGCUGUCUAUUUCUCCAUCCUGAGGAACCCUGUGCAGCUCAUGGAGUCCUCCUUUGUGUACUACAAGGGCACAUCAGCUUUCUCCCGUGCCCGCAGCCUGGAAGAGUUCCUCAGCCAGCCCUACCAUUACUACAACCCUGCAAACAGUGACAGCCAUUAUGCCAAGAACCUCAUGACGUUUGACUUUGGCUUCAACCCCGAUGGAGAGGCCUCUGCUGAGCGGGUGCAACUCAUGCUGAAGGUCAUUGAGACAUCCUUUGACUUGCUUCUCAUCUCAGAGUACUUUGAUGAGUCCAUGGUGCUGCUGAAGGAGAUGUUGUGCUGGGACUUGGACAGCGUUGUCUCCUUCCCGCUCAACAUCAGGGACAGCAGCACCAAGUCGCCCCUGCCAGACAGCAUUGUGGAGAAGAUAAAGGACUGGAAUAGGCUGGACUGGGAAAUCUACAUCUACUUCAACAGAACCUUCUGGGAAAGGAUUGACAGGGACAUUGGCAGGGAACGCAUGCAGCAGGAAGUAAAGGCACUUCGGGUCAGGCAGGCAGAGCUGGCGAGGUCCUGCCUGCAAGGGACAGGCAGCGUGGCCCCAAAGGACAUCAAAGACUCUUCCCUGCGCCCACUGCAGCACGGCAAUGCAAAGAUCUUGGGCUAUAACCUCAAGCAGGGCUUGCAUAAGGAGAUGGAGCACACGUGCCGGCGGCUGGUGACCCCAGAGCUGCAGUACAGCAGCAUCCUCUACAAGAAGCAGUUUGCCCAGAAGCAGCCCCAGACCCACCAGCCCAGUCUCUCCCAGCAGGACAACGCCCUGAAGAACAAGUUGAAGGGCACCCAAAACUGAGCCUCUUUGUCCCAUCCAGGAAUGGCUCUCCAGCUGUCUUUGCCAAGGACAGUGAGGCACCUGCCCACGAGAGCCCCUGCACACCUCUGUCCACGCAAGGCUGUGCAUUAGCUC